AUGUCAAUGAUGGAAUCAGUGUUAGAAGAACAGAAUAUUGAAGAUGUGCCCAAGGUUGGCAUGUGUUUUGGAACCAUUGAAGAUGCAAAUCAAUUUUAUCAUAAUUAUGCCAAGCGCGUUGGUUUUGUUACUAAGAUAAGGUUUACCCGAAGAGUUGGUAAAUAUAAGGUUCCUGAGAAUCAAAUGAUCACUUGCAAUAAGGAGGGGAAACACAAAUCUAGAGUUUCACCAAUAGAAAAGACCAACCCUAGAACCAACUACAAUUGCCCCGCAAGGAUUUCUAUUAGGUUUAAUAAGGAGGGUCUUUGGAUUAUAUCGAAGGUGUGUUUGGAUCAUUCACAUCCUUGUGAUCCAGAGAUGGCAAAACUGUUGACACGUAAUAGAGAGAUGACUAUACACAUGUGUCGAGUCAUUGAGAGGAAUGAUGAAGCAGCAUUCAAAUGA